UGUAGGAGGGUUCCCCGCUGCCGCUGGUGGAUCAAGCUGCUCCGGGGGGGUCUCGCCGCAGCCCCGACUCUCUGCUCAUCAGGAAGGAAAGUUUCCCCAUAAACAUCAAUGAAGGAAAGAAGAACGAGUCAGAAACUGGCCAGCAAAUCAAUGAUGGAUCCCAACCAGAAUGUGAAAUGUAAAAUUGUGGUGGUGGGGGACAGCCAGUGUGGCAAAACUGCCCUGCUCCAUGUCUUUGCCAAGGACUCCUUCCCUGAGAAUUACGUCCCCACCGUAUUUGAGAAUUACACGGCCAGUUUUGAAAUCGACACGCAGAGGAUAGAGCUGAGUCUCUGGGAUACGUCUGGUUCCCCUUACUAUGACAACGUCCGACCUCUAAGUUACCCAGACUCCGACGCCGUCUUGAUAUGUUUCGACAUUAGCCGCCCCGAGACCCUCGACAGCGUUCUUAAAAAGUGGAAAGGUGAAAUUCAGGAGUUCUGCCCCAAUACCAAAAUGCUGCUGGUUGGCUGCAAAUCCGACCUUCGGACAGAUCUAACCACAUUAGUAGAACUAUCCAACCACAGACAGACGCCAGUCUCUUACGAUCAGGGGGCAAACAUGGCCAAGCAGAUCGGCGCAGCCACAUACAUCGAAUGCUCAGCGUUACAGUCGGAGAACAGCGUCAGAGACAUUUUUCAUGUAGCCACCCUGGCGUGUGUGAAUAAGACUAACAAAAAUCUUAAAAGGAAUAAAACCCAGAGAACGACAAAGAGAAUCUCUCACAUGCCGAGCCGGCCGGAACUGAGCGCUGUGGCCACGGACUUGAGGAAGGACAAAGCGAAGAGCUGCAGCGUCAUGUGAAGCCAUUUUUUUUUUUUUAACCUUUUUCCGUACUGACCGAGAAAAAUCCAAGUCCAAUAAUGGGUGCGGUCUGAAUGAAGGGAGCUGCCAGAUAGUUCUACAUUCUGUUGGUGGUCAAGGGAAACACCUUGUGUCUGGUACUUUAUGGACUCCGCAUGUUGACCAAGGAAAGAAACCGUCGUUUCUGAAAUUUUCAAUGGAAAAUAUGCCAAAAAUCCUCCCCCAAAUGGAAUAGGAAUGUAUAGGAGAAAAGGGGCGAAAAUAAUCAUAUCAGAACAACCAAACCUUCCAACUGGAUUUCCCUGUGGUUCUGUCCAAUCACCAGCCAGUAUUCUGGCGCACGUUCUUGGUCCGAUGAUACUAAUGAAACUGCACUUUGGGAUGGUGUCAUUGGCUUCAAGUGUACAAUGAAACUUUGCGUAGCUUACUAUCAUGGACUGCAGGGCCACAAUUAGAGCUGGGGGACCCUAACAUUGCAUGAAGGCUGGGGCCCCAAUCAAAGUGGGGGGAUAUAUUUCAGGGAUGUCCAACUUGCCUUUAGCGGUCAAUGGGACGUUGGUCGAAGCAGUUCAACGACAGCCCAAGGUUUGGCACCCCUGAUGUAAAUAUAACAACGUUGUUAAACAACAUUCUAUGUCCUUUGUGUUCUUAUCAACCUUUAUUUUUCCAAAGGGGCCCCCUUGGAUACUGGGGGGGGGCAAGGCAAAUGCCAUACCCUAUACUGGUCCUGGUGAUGUAGCCAAGCCAUUGGAACAGUCCCACGAUGCUCUGCAACUUGUACAAUUCAUUUCCAGCUUAAGCUGUCUGUAAGGAAACAGCCGCAGGCUUAACCCGUUCCUGUUUGCACGGAAAAUUAUAAUAUGGUACCCCUUUUUUUUUUUUUUGUUUUUUUAUAGGGUUUUUGAUUAUUAUUUUAAAUAGAGAUAUUAGGUGAGAAACUCCAUAGACUCCAUGCAAGGCUGUUUCCAUGAAGGUGCUAGAGAGGAGGUUAGAGGUGCCGACUUAUGGUAUUGCCGAUCCCAGAGAGCACAGAGCGGGACCUUUUGAUAGAAACACAUAGGAAAUACUCCAUUGUUUUCUCUGAGAACGACAGUGUAGAUUACAUUAGUGCGUAUUGAGGGUUGAACUGGCAUCUGACUGUCCACCAUGUGAAUAACCCCCCCUUUCCCCUAUGUGAUUAAAGGGUCCGUAUAGACCCCCUACCCUAUACCCCUAAUGCUAUUGUCUUAUGCUAAUUCUUUCUACGGGCAUCCGUGGCCUCCAUCACCUGCCCUUGCCCCUCCCAGUCAUGCUUCUUGCAAUGACUUUUGUAAGGGGUCAUAGGAAAAAGAAGGAAUGCUGUGGGCAACCAGCUUGGUACAAUGGCACCUUAGGCAAGGUAGAAACUACAUAGACGCCUUCAUAAAAUGGAGAGGGUGAAAGAAAAGGACAAUGAUUACGCAGUCACAAACGCAAGAAAACUUUUAAAAGAACGAAGGCGUAGGGGCCCCUUUAAUGGUAACGCUUUCCCGACGACUAUGCCUUAACCAACCCAUAGCAGUAAUUGCAUUUAUUAUGCAAGGGACUCUUAGGCUUAUCCUCCUAUGUGAGUAGUUGCAUGUCAUUCCCCCAAACCUGUUGUUUACAAUUAGCAACUGUGCUAGAGGGUUUUCCGGAACGCAUUUUAUUUUUGUGUGUGUCUUUUAACCCAUUCUGGGCUUGAAAACUCCUUUAUAAUGGGCCAUCUGGAUCUCACCAGCACCCGAUGGGUUAAAAAGGAAUUUUGGCUAGUACAUAUCUUGCUAAGCGGCUUGCUGGGGGCAAGCAUUCUGUCCAGCCAAUGCUUCGUUUUUUGAAGCUCUAAUCUUUGUAUUUUUGUUUAUUAUUUUUUCUCUCCCCCCCCCCACCCACCCCAAUGUUCAACCGCGUAGGAUUUGGGCGUCACCAUAAAAAUUCAGCCCAACCCUGUUCUCUGUAUCUCGAGCACUUUGUCCUAUGUUCCCAAGAAGUCCUGUUCCACCAAUACAGAUAUAUAACACUGCAAUAUGCUUUCCCAUAAUGCAAUUACGUGCUUUCAGCAGAUUCCGGCCAAUAGCUGCUGUGCUUUUUGUUUUUAUUUUGUAUACUUAAAAAAAAAUAUCGCAAGGACGGAAUAAGUUAUAUCUGUCUUAAAGCUGAACAUCUUUACUUUUUUUUUUUGAAUGUCAGUCACUUUGUAUGUAUGUUUUUUGUAAAUGUUCCUGCUGUAUUUAUUAAACUUUUUUUUUCUUUAAUAAAUGCUUAAUUAAGGUUGA